GAAAAUAUCUAAAUAAAUUCAAUAAUGCACAAAUAUAAACACAAAAUACUAUCCGAGUGUUGUCUUGUCCAAUCUAUCAACUCGUUUCUUCGCUGUCUUAGAAAUCCACAAUAUCUUUCUUCACACUUUCUUUCACUUUCCCGGGAAAACAGCCGAGAAAAUAAAAGAAACGAAGAAAAGUUUGUUCCUUUGUGGGGAUCAAAGAAGAAUGUACUCGGCGAUUCGGUCUUCGCUUCCUCUAGAUGGCAGCUUGGGAGACUACUCUGACGGAACCAAUCUUCCCAUCGACGCUUGUCUGGUCCUAACCACUGACCCCAAGCCUCGCCUUCGUUGGACCUCUGAGCUCCAUGAAAGAUUCGUUGACGCCGUCACUCAGCUCGGCGGACCCGACAAAGCAACGCCUAAAACUAUAAUGAGAACAAUGGGAGUGAAGGGUCUCACUCUUUACCAUCUCAAAUCUCAUCUUCAGAAAUUCCGCUUGGGGAGGCAAUCUUGUAAAGAAUCAAUUGACAACUCUAAGGAUGUUUCUUGUGUUGCGGAGAGUCAGGACACUGGUUCAUCUUCAACAUCAUCCUUAAGAUUGGCUGCUCAAGAACAGAACGAGAGUUACCAGGUCACUGAAGCUUUGCGUGCCCAGAUGGAAGUCCAAAGAAGACUACACGAGCAACUAGAGGUGCAAAGGCGACUCCAGUUAAGGAUCGAGGCACAAGGGAAGUACCUGCAAUCAAUUCUAGAGAAAGCUUGCAAGGCUAUAGAGGAGCAAGCUGUUGCAUUUGCUGGGUUAGAGGCAGCUAGAGAAGAGCUUUCAGAGCUAGCCAUAAAGGCCUCCAUCACCAAUGGGUGCCAAGGAACAACAAGCACCUUCGACACAACCAAAAUGAUGAUUCCAUCCUUAUCCGAGCUUGCAGUAGCAAUAGAGCACAAGAACAACUGUUCAGCAGAGAGCUCUCUGACUUCCAGCACUGUAGGAAGUCCGGUAUCAGCUGCGUUGAUGAAGAAGAGACAACGAGGAGUGUUUGGAAAUGGAGAUAGUGUGGUUGUUGGUCAUGAUGCUGGAUGGGUUAUGCCUAGUAGUAGCAUUGGAUGAAGUUAGCAAGAGAGAGAGAGAGAGCGAGACCAGAUUUUAGCUUAUUUAAUUUUGCUAUGUUGUAUUUAACUCUAAACUCUGUCAUCAAACUUGUCUUAGCGUCUAUGUAUAUAUUUGUUGAAUCUGUAGCCUCUCUUUUAGUUUGUGUAUUUGCUUCAACUUUUUCUAAGCUUGCCUUCUUUUUUCUUUUUUGGACAAACCUAAAUAUAGAAUUUAUGUAAUUGUAUAACAUAAAAAAUACUCAUUAAAUACUCAUAACUUAUCUCCAUGCU